AUGAAAAAGAGAAUUUAUUUAUUUUUCUUUUUAAUAUCAUUAAAAUAUGUAUUAUCAUUUAGAUUAAAUAACACCUUAUUAAAAGAAAAUAAUUUUGUAGCUGAAAAAUAUUUUAGAAAAGAAAAUGACAAUGAGAAUCUGAAAUUUAAGAUUGUGGAAGACCUUGAAAAAAUAAUUGAAGAAUUUAGUAAUGAUGUAAAUACUGCUAAAAUGAUUAUAAGAGAAACUUUUCUUGAUACAGAAUCCUCAUUUAAAGAAAUAUCAGAUGAUGUUGUAAAAAUUAUAUCAAAAUAUAGCUUUGUUACAGAUGAAAAACUAAAUAUUAUAAAUGGAUUAUUUCAAGAAUUUAUAGAAAAUAAUAAAAGUACCAUUUUUAAUUUAUCAGAAGAACAUACAAUCAAAAAAAAGGAUAAAAUUAAGGAAGUUUCCGAUUCUAUUUUAUGUAAAUUGAAAAAAUUGAUAGAAUUGAAUAUAUUCAAUAAGUAUCAUGCAAUUUUGAAAUUUGGAAAUAAAAAUAUAAAAAAUGAAGCAUUAGAAGCUUUGAAGAUUGAAAAAAAUAUUUCUGAUAAGUUAAAAGAAAAGUUAUUAAAUUAUAAAACGUCAGAAAAUGAAGAUAUAAAAGAAUUGGAGUCAACUGACUUUUUAAAUUAUCAUUAUGAUAAAUUUACUGCUAAGUUAGACGAACUCAUUAAUGAACUUAACAAGGAAUUAAGUCAAACGUUAUCAUAA